AGGAAAAAUGUAAAAAUAAAAAUGAAAGCGCUUUGCAUUGUACAUCACGUCAUCUCCCUUCUCUCUCCGGUGACAAUGUAUAGAGUAACAACCAACCACUCCAAUCACACUUAACAUUGACUACAUGAUACAUACAUAUGAUUAACGUUACCGUUAUACAUUUCUUCUUCCCAAUCUGAAUUCUAUAAUUCACGAUCUCACCAUUUCUCAAAUUCAUCAACCCUGGAUCCCUCACCGGACCUGCCAUCUCAGUCGCUAAAGCAUCCUCCUCCUUCCUCCAUCGGCAACGGCCAGAUCCGCUACCGAUCACCUUCCUCCGGCGAGCUGUCUGAAACCGGCGCCACCUCUCCUUCCCACUCCGCUGACCAUCUCUUGCCUGAGAAGAUGUCUAAACGACCUGCUAUUCGUCAGCAGGAUUCGUUGCCGGAAAAGAUCCAUCGCAACAGGAGCUUUUUGCUGGUGAUUUCCGUGCCGCUCAUGUUGAUUUUGUUUGUUUUGUUUAUAAUGCCGGGGCGGUCGCCGUCUUCCGAGACUGUAGUCGAGUACGAGAUGACUGGACGGAAGUUCUCGCCAGAUAUGAAGAUGUUGAACAGUUAUGCUGUUAUUUUUGACGCUGGUAGUUCGGGGAGUCGUGUCCACGUGUAUUGUUUUGAUCAGAACUUGGAUCUCGUGCCUAUUGGUGAAGAUCUUGAGCUUUUUGUUCAGAUCAAACCAGGGUUGAGUGCAUAUGCAAAUGAUCCACAGCUUGCUGCAAACUCCCUAACUUCACUUCUUGAUAAAGCUCAAAGUGUUGUUCCUCAAGAUCUACGAUCAAAUACACCAGUUAGAGUUGGAGCAACUGCAGGGUUAAGGCAAUUAGAAGGUGAUGCGUCUGAUAAAAUUUUGCAAGCGGUUAGGGAUCUUCUUCAAUAUAAAAGCUCCCUCAAGCCUGAUGGUGUUACUGUUUUGGAUGGUCCACAAGAAGGCGCUUAUGAGUGGGUAACAAUAAACUAUCUAUUAGGGAGGUUGGGGAAGCAAUAUUCAGAUACUGUUGGAGUUGUUGACCUUGGAGGUGGAUCUGUACAGAUGGCGUAUGCCAUCUCGGAGAAGGAGGUGGCAAUGGCUCCAAAGGUAUCGGAUGGGGAGGAUUCAUAUAUAAAGGAAAUGACUCUGAUGGGAACAAAAUAUUUCCUCUAUGUUCACAGUUACUUGCACUAUGGUUUAUUGGCAGCUCGAGCAGAAAUCUUGAAGGUUACUGAUGACUCUGACAACCCAUGUAUUUUGGCCGGAUAUGAUGGAUCUUAUAAAUAUGGAGGGAAGGAUUACAAAGCAUCAGCUUCUCCCUCUGGCUCAAACCUGGAGCAAUGUAGGAGUACAGCUAUUGAGGCCCUCAAAGCUAAUGACUCAUGUACUCACUUGAAAUGCACAUUUGGUGGAGUAUGGAAUGGUGGUGGAGGUGAUGGUCAAAAGAGUCUGUUCGUUGCUUCAUUUUUCUUUGACAGGGCUGCAGAGGCUGGUUUUAUUGAUUCUAAACUACCUGUUGCCAAAGUUCGUCCGGCUGACUUUGAGACUGCAGCUAAGCGGGCUUGUCAAACAAGAUUAGAGGAUGCAAAAUCUGCAUUCCCACAUGUCGAGGAGGCUAACUUGCCAUACAUUUGCAUGGAUCUUGUCUACCAGCAUACAUUACUUGUUGUCGGAUUUGGCCUUGAUCCCUGGCUAGAUAUUACCCUGGUAAAGCAAGUUGAAUAUCGAAAUGCUCGUGUCGAGGCAGCGUGGCCGCUAGGGAGUGCCAUAGAGGCUAUAUCAUCAUAGACAUGAAUGAAUCACAUCAUCAGCUGAAUUACACAUUGAAUGAUCAUUCAGGCGACACAUGGGUCUUUUGGCGCCGGCAGAGUUCAAGCUGCAGGAUCCCUGGUUGGGAAUCGGAAUUUGGUUUAUAUCUUGGAUCCUGAUAAUAAUGAUAGAAAAAGAAAAAGUAAAAAGAUUCCAUUUAUUAUCAUUAGUAAUUAUGUUACAAAAUGUUCUGAUUCAAAAUUCUUGAGAGAAUGUUUGAUUCAAUUAGUUCAUUUAGACUAAAUGGUGAGAUACCAAUUCAUUUUUGUUUCCCUUAAUCAUUUUUAAAUCAGAUAUACGGAUAUACCCUUUUCUUUCU